UAGCGAACGCGGCUUCCUAGGAUGUGGAUCCGAAUCCGACUACGCAUCCUCCAGUGAUGCGACUGCGGUCGGCAUGCACGCGUGCCCUGUUGCAUGUCAACAAGGCCCAGCUGUAGAUGAAGUUAUGGAUACCGUCAACCCAUCUUUUACACCAUCUUUUAGUCAAUAAUUCCGUUUUGGCAUAGGCUGAAAGAUGUUCUAAAAAUAAUGGGUUGUCGGUGCCUCUAAUGAAGGGGCCGCACAAAGAUCUCCUGCUCUAGAAGUCGCCUCUGGAUCGCGUUGCCUCUGGGAUCGCUGCGGCAACCAGGCUCUCUCAAGUAGUCGGCAUGCUGGAGAUUCUAGUCGCGGUCCUGUAACUGCCUUGCGUCCUCUGAACAGGAGCUACAACCACGAAGAAGAUAAAAGUGAGCUGCAAUCUUUUUCAACUAGUCAGAGCAACUAUUACAUCCGAGAAUCUAGUAGAAGUACACCUGCACCACCAUCUUCACCAGAGGACCCGCGGAGAAGCAUACCACCUCCACCAUCAAAGGACCAGCGUAGAACUGCACCUAGUACACCAGAUGACCACCGUAGGUUUCAUUAUCAAGAAGGUGGGGUGCCGGUGUUGGUUGCUUGUGGGGU